UUUCUGCAUCACAACCAUAUUCUUCUGCUCUUUGGAAAUGUUUCUCAGACAGUUUAGUAACAGCUCACUGAACUGCAUAAUUUAUACAGGAAUGAACCAAAGAGAUAAUGUUACUCUAAGUGAGUGUAGUUGAUACAUUUAAGGUGCCCUUUCCAACUAUAACAGGGAGCCCUCGCAUACUUUCAGACACAUGUUUCCAGACUACUGCGAGAACACUAUCUGAGACUCGCCAAGGACAAAUGUGUGACUGGAGUACCAUUAGGAAGAGAACAUUUAAAGAGCUUCAACACAUGACCAAUGGGAUUCUAAUGCAGAGGUCAUCUUGCCUGUGGGAAAUCUUUUGCCAAAAUCAGCACAACCGCUAAGGGAUAGAUUUUUUUUUUCCAUUGGAUAUUUCUUAGAUGAGGAAUAUAACCAUGCAAGGUAGAGUGAGUGUCCUGAAUGAGUGUAAUAUUUGCGGUAUUGAAGAAAACAUGCUUCUGAUUUGCAGCAUUGGAGAGAACCUGCUUCUGAUUUGGGACAGUAAUAAAGACAACUAGAUUACAUUAGAUAAGACACAGCCUUAUGUCAGGUGUUGUUUCCUCUGUGUCUUAGAAAGGUAUUUUUCUUGCUCCAAAUGCACCACUUUUGUUAAAAUUGAUGCGUUUUUCAUUGUGUUUUGAUAUUGACAUAAAUUAGCAUAAAAUGCCUCCAAAGAAAGCUGCUGAAAAAACAGCAGCUGCACAGGGAGCAAAAAAUGGACAAAAAGGGGCUAGGGCAGGGGCUAAAGAGCCUCCUGCAAAAGGCAAAGUAAAAGAAGAUCCUAAAAAGGCAAAAGGAAAAGGAAAACCUGCUGUAACCAGUGAAUCUGAAGAUGGCUCAGAUGCAGAGUUAUUAAAGACAGGAGCAAAGGCCCAAACACCAGCCCCAAAGCCUAAACGAGGUCUAAAAACUACAUCUAGACUUUUUAUGCGAUUAUCGAAGAAAAAAAAAGAUACCCCUAUGAAGGCUUUCCAAAAUCCAUCUAAGUUGCUUGCAGGACUUGGCAAGUCUAAACCUGAAGAUCUUAAGAACACAUCUAAAUUCAUGUCAGGUUUUCUAAGUGGUGGAAAAAAUAAAGUUGAGAAGAAAGAAGGUGAAAAAUCUCUUUUAUUGCUUAAUAUUGGUGGAAAAACAAAAAACACUGCAGCUGCAACUUCUGGGCUAGGGGGCAAACUGAAAGGGUUCAUUGGCAAAAAGCCUACUGCACCUGCAAAAUUCAAGACUAAAGGAGGGCUUGUUGGAAAGAUUUCAGGAGCUACUAAUUGGCUGAUUAGUAAAUUCAUAUCAUCUAAAACAUCUCGGGGAAGACAAGGUCGUUCACUCCGCCAACACAGGUCAAACAAAGAUAGAUAUAGCUAUGAGAAUGGAGGAUAUGAGUAUGAUGAGGCUGAAUUCAGCUAUGGGGAAGAGGACUAUGACCUAAGAAGCUACGGAAGAAACAGCCCACGGGGGAGAUAUUUGGACCAAAAUGAAUAUGGCCAUGGACGAUUCAGAAGACCUUAUCUAUAUGACUGUCAUGAUGAAGAGUAUUAUUCUUAUCCUGAAGAUGAAUAUGGUUUAUAUGGUGAAGAGAGUGAUUACUAUGAUCCCCUUUAUGCAGAUGAAUAUGGCUAUUAUGUUGAAGACUACAUCGACCAAUACAACGAAAGACAACCAUAUGACUAUUAUGAUACUGGAAUAGACUACUAUGAUCCUAGGCAACAAAGAAUGGAUGAAUAUGGUUAUUUUGAUAGUGGCAUUGAAUAUUACAACGAAGCUGGGUAUCCACUGGAAGAAGAAUAUGACUACUAUGGAAAUGAUGCAGAAUACUACAAUUAUGGUGUUUACCCAGAGCAGUUUGAUUAUUAUGGUGAUCAGCAAAAUUUUUAUGGAAACCAAGAGUGGCACCCAGAUGCUUACAUGAGGUACCAAAGUUACCAAAACCCAUACAACCAAAACCUGUACACCUAUGCUGGAGAACCUACAGCAGUUUAUAUAGAUCCUCUUAUAGGGGUUAAUCAGCCAUACACUUACCUACUGGGGGAUAUAAUGGAACAAACAGAGCCAUCUGACCCUUAUGCUAAUGAAACUGCACAGCUAGGAAUGGAAAGCAUAAUGCCGGAAGAUCAGUUUCGGCUCCCAAGACCACAAGUUAAACUGUUUGGAAAAGAGAAACUUGAAAUUGUAAAUCCACCAUCUCCUCAUAUUGCUCUCAAUGAUUUAGAAGUGAUGUCUGAUAUGCAACACGAAAACCCUCCGAUAUUUCCUCAACCAAUGGGGUUUACGCAACACAUUUCACCACAAAUGGUAGAAAUUCCACAACAAUCUUCCACCACAACUCUUGCAUUUCCUGCAGCAACAGGUAGCAGUCCUUUUUUGCUUCAACAAACACCAACAGCAUUUUCUGCAGCAACAGGUGGCAGUCCUGUUUUGCUCCAACAAACACCAACAGCAUUUCAUACAGCAACAGGCAGCAGUCCUGUUUUGGUCCAGCAAACACCAACAGCAUUUCCUGCAGCAACAGGUGGUAGUCCUGUUUUGGUCCAGCAAACACCAAUAGCUCUUUCUUCAUUACCUGGCGGGACUCCUAUUUUGGUUCAUUCACCACAAUUGCCAUCCUCCCCAUUACUUCAAGCAAGGUCUCCUUUUCCUCCUCCUAUGCCAGUAUCACCCACACCCAGCAGACACUCUUUUGGACCUGUGGGACCCAUGCCACUCUCAACACCAGUAUCACCUGUUUUAUCUGCAAGGAGAUUUGACCCAAGCUUCAUUGAUCAAGUAAACCCCACUUUCGUCUAUUCAGAUCCCAUGUUUCAGAGACCUGAAUUUCCAUAUGAAACUAUACAGCAAACACCAUUAAGACGAAGAAGUCCUCAUCUCUCACCACAGCUUUCUCUCAGGAGAGGUAAGGUUUUACCGGGACGAAGUAGCCCUUUGUCCCACCAAAGGUAUGAUACCCAACCACAGGGAAUAAGUCCAGGAUUUUCACCAAGACAACAAAGAGUAUUUGGUCAAUCCUCAUGGAACACCAAUACACAAAGACCACUAUCACCUCUCCAAAAAAGAGGGUUUACGCCCCCAUCUUCCCCACAAUUUUCAAGACGAGGACCAUCUCCAACAGUCACUUUGAAGGGAAAGUCUCCCAUACCCCAGAGGAGACCUUUCUCUUUAAGAGGACACUCUCCUGAUAUUGUAGAAGGAGGGAGUCCGAUAACCUCAUUGCGAGACUCGUUAAGAAGGAAAAGCCCUCCCCCAACUCCAAGAAUGAACCAGAGACAAAGUGCACCUCAGAGUCCUUUCAGGCCAAUUAGUGGAAAAAGGCAUGACUCAUUUAUAUCAUCAAGAUCAAUUGCUGGUUCAUCACAACCAUCUUUAAGAAGAAUGAGCCCUCCUCUAUCUCCAAGAAUUGAUCAACAGACUGAACCUUAUCCACCAGGCUCACCUCCUGUCCAACGAACAGGAUCACCAAGACCAAUAUCCUCUCCUGCUGCUCGACCUCUCUCUCCUACACCAUCAAGAUUGUCUGCUAGAAUCCAGCAUGAUACACAAAGUCUGUCUGCUCAUCCAUCCACACGUAGAUUUAGAGGAUUUGGUCGAAAUAAAGUGCCAAUGGGUACUGUUAAACCAUCCCCUGUCAAUCCAGUUUUGCAAAGAAGAAGCCACCAGGAACAACCUCUAACACAAAACGUAUCUCCAUACAGAUCUUCCAUUCAUAAUGGAGUAAUAGGUUCAGGACCUAUGCAUCGAAGUACAACUUCAUCACCUGUUCCAUUAACAAGACAAGGUUCUAGACCGACAGUAUUCCGAGACUCAAAAAGAUUUUUCCCACCAGGAACUCCAAAUCCCCAGAGAGGUUUUCAUAGACCUGUUGGGAGAGGCCGUCCAGUUGUAAGAGUACCAAUAAAUCCUGUCCCUCUAAGGCAGUCAGUAAGAGGGCCAAGCCAACCCAUUUUAAUGAAUGGUGGAGCACAUUUUCCUCAGCAAAUUUCAGUGAAUGGUCUAGGAUCACCAUUACCACAACCAGCUCUAAGGCAUACACCAAAUCAGGCAUCAAUGAGACCAGGUUCACCUCAAUUAACAGCAAGACCAGGAUCACCUCAGCUUCCAGUGCGACCAGGCUCACCUUAUUCCCCACUGAGACCAGGCUCACCUCAUUUACCUCUAAGACCAGGCUCACCCCUUCUCCCAAUGAGGCCAGCAUCACCUCACCCCACAGUGAGUCUUGGCACACCAGUGCUUAUUCACUCUCCACCACUUGGGAAUCUUUCUUCUCCUGUAAUAACAAAUCCCUUGCAUAAUCAAGCUAUCAACCAUACAUCCAUCAUAGCAACACCUACUGGUCAGCCUCAAGAGAUAAUAACAUUUGGCCAGACAGUCGAGCAAAAUCCUCCUAUUCUCUUAACAAAUGGUUUACAGAACCCAAAUCUCUCUGCUGCAUCAUAUAAUUCACCACUUAAAGGCUUCAGUCCUACACAGUCUCCACUAAUGGCACACAUCAAUCAGAGUGCAAUUCAGUCUUCGUAUAAUUCAAUAAUGCCACAAGCUGCAGCUCCUCAUUCAGUAGUGAUACCUCAAAAUGUUCAAGCUAGUUAUCAAGGUUCACCAAUGCUGAGAAAUGCACUCCAAAAUCCAUAUCUUCGUAAUUCUUCAUUAAGCUCCUCUUUACAAAGACUUACAUCCUCACAUCCAGUGGUCACACAGCAAGUGUCACUGCAAACUUCCCCAGGUCUGUCAAAUGCGUUGCAGAAUUCUCAUCUAAAAUUUUCACCAUCUUUACUGUCUGGUGCUCUACAGAACACUAAUUUACGCAAUGCUUCAUACAUGUCUCCACUUCAGAGAACUCCUACACCUAUCGUCCAGGCACAACAACAGUCCUUUCUUUUAUCAAACGCACUAAAGAAUCCAAACCUUCAAGGUGCUUCUUUUCGAUUACCCAAUGGGUCAUUAUUAUCUAGGAACCCAGAGAACCAAAAAGAAGCUGCAGCACCAUCAGUACUGGCUAAUGCUUUACAAAACCCAAAUCUCCGUAAAGCGACUUACAGGUUGCCAGAUGGAACAAUCAAAUCAAGAAAUGAGGUUGAACAACCUACUUCAACCCCCUCUCUAUUAUCUAAUGCCCUUCAAAAUGCCAAUGUCAAAAAAGCUUCUUACAGGAUUCCUGAGUCUAUUUUUUCCCGGGGCUCUGAACCAGUAACUGAAACGAAACAAUUUUCACCAUACCUAGGAAAUGCUCUACAGAAUUCCAAUCUUCGUAAAGCUUCUUAUAAAUUGCCAAGUGGAACUCUCCUUUCUCGGGACCAGAAGACUGAACAAUCCACCUCCCCUCUUCUUUCAAAUGCACUUCAGAAUGCUAACCUCCGUACAGCUUCCUACAGGCUCCCUGAUGGAACAAUUUUAAACAAGAGCUCAGGCCAGGAUUCAAAAAAGAAUAUUUCUUCCAACCUGUCAAGUGCUUUGCAAAACGCAAAUAUGCGUAAUGUUAGGCUCCCGAGUACCUCUGGCCUAUUCAAAAAUCCCAACAAAAAAGAACAAACUUCAGUGCUGUCCAGUGCACUUCAGAACCAAAACCUCCGUAAAGCUUCCUAUAGACUGCCUGAUGGAACAAUCACUACCAGGGGUAAAACAGAAGAAAGUGCUCAACCUACAUCACCUUUUCUGGGAAGCGCCCUGAAGAACAUUAAUUUACACAAAGCCAACUAUAAGUUGCCCACAACUUUGAGGAGAACUCCAGAGGAUCCAAGGUAUGCAGUGGUGACACCUCAGGUUCAGGGUCAACCUGACGAACAUUGGGCUCAAGCCCACACAGUAGAUGCUCAUGAUCCAGAUGAUGUUUGGUCCUCAGAAAGAGUCCUUCCACACCAUACUGUGCAGAACCUCAUAAAAUGGUCCAUGUACAGGGAUGAAGAACUGGUGGAUUUCGUCAUCCCUGUGUAUCCUGGGCAAGAUGCUGAUGUUUCUGAGCCUGAGUGGUUACCAGACAGGGAAGGUGAACCUCAAGGGCACUGGUAUGAUAAGAUGUACUCUAUCCGAAGUCUGCCCACCAUGUUGUACAGAGAGCGAGCCGAAGAGGACGGGAUUGAGGACAUGACACAGCUUGAGGAACUUCAUGAAGCUGCUGUUUUACUCAACCUUAAAAAAAGGUUUGAACGUGAACUGAUAUAUACAUACAUUGGAAGUAUUCUGGUAGCUGUGAACCCAUACAAGAUGUACAAUAUUUAUGGGACAGACAUGGUGCUUCAGUACAAGGGACAUGUCCUUGGUGAAAAUCCUCCGCAUUUAUUUGCUAUAGCAAAUGCUGCUUACACAAAAAUGAUGGAUGCCAAACAGAACCAAUGCAUUAUUAUCAGUGGGGAGAGUGGCUCUGGUAAAACCGAGGCCACAAAGUUGGUCCUGCGCUAUUUGACUGCUAUUCAACACAAGCGCAACAUUACACAGCAGAUUGAGAUUCUUGAAGCUGCUCCACUACUAGAGUCAUUUGGAAAUGCCAAAACUGUCAGGAAUGAUAACUCAAGUCGAUUUGGGAAAUACAUAGAGAUAUUUUUAGAGGAAGGUGUGAUUAGUGGUGCCAUAACCUCACAGUAUCUACUUGAAAAGUCAAGGAUAGUGUUUCAGGCCAAAGAUGAGAGAAACUACCAUAUUUUUUAUGAGAUGCUCGCAGGCCUUCCUUCACAGCAAAAACAGUCACUGUACCUCCAAGAGGCAGAGACCUACUAUUACCUCAAUCAAGGUGGGAACUGUGACAUCGCUGGUAAGAGUGAUGGGGAGGACUUCCGCAGGCUCCUCAGUGCCAUGGACAUCCUUCACUUCAACCCUGAAGAUCAAAAUGGCAUCUUCAGGAUUCUGUCAUCUAUUCUCCAUUUAGGGAAUGUCUUUUUUGAGAGAUAUGAGACAGACUCUCGGGAGAUGGUGUCAGUGGUGAGCGCUCAGGAGAUCAGAGUGGUGGCAGAACUUUUACAGAUUUCUCCUGAGGCCCUGCAGAAAUCAAUCACUUAUAAAGUGACGGAGACACUGAGGGAGAAGAUCUAUACCCCUCUAUCAGUGGAGAGUGCAGUUGAUGCCAGAGAUGCAGUUGCCAAGAUCCUGUACUCCCUCCUUUUCAAUUGGUUAACAGACAGAAUCAAUACUUUGGUUUACCCAAUGAAUGAGACUCUGUCUAUCUCCAUCCUUGACAUCUAUGGGUUUGAGGACCUCAGCUUCAACAGCUUUGAACAGCUUUGCAUAAACUAUGCAAAUGAGUACCUACAGUUCUUUUUCAACAGGGUCAUUUUCAGAGAAGAGCAAGAGGAAUACAGCCGAGAGGAAAUUCCCUGGGAGGAAGUGUAUUAUAAUGACAAUCAGGCCUGCAUUGACCUCAUUUCUGCAAAGCCCCAUGGGAUACUACGGAUCUUGGAUGACCAGAGUGGUUUUCCACAAGCUACAGACCACACCUUCCUUCAGAAAUGUCACUAUCAUCAUGGCCACAACCCAUUAUAUUUCAAGCCAAAAAUGCCUCUUCCUGAAUUUGCCAUUAAACACUUCGCUGGAAAAGUCACCUAUCAGGUUCAUAAAUUUUUGGACAAAAAUUAUGAUCAGGUUCGCCAGGAGGUGCUCGAUCUUUUCAUGCAAAGCAAAAAUAAGAUGGUUGCACAUCUUUUCACAAGCUAUUCAGAAACCAUUAAUCAACAGAAGACUCAUGUCAGGAAGAACAGCACGGUUACACGCAGAUACCAGCCAUCCACAGUUGCUGCCAAGUUCCAGAUUUCUCUCAUGGAGCUUGUGGAAAAGAUGGAGAGAUGCAAUCCAUUCUUUGUGCGCUGCAUUAAGCCAAACCAUAACAAGGAGCCUGGAGUGUUUGACAUGGACCUGGUCAGCACUCAGCUUCGUUACUCUGGGAUAUUGGAUACUAUUCGCAUCAGGAGACAGGGUUAUCCAAUCCGAAUACUCUUUGAUGUCUUCCUUUUUAGAUACAAAUCCUUGCUGGGCCUAAAGCAGUCUCCUCCUGCUACUGGGGAAUCCUGUGUAAUCAUGCUCAGGAAGCUUUGUCCUGUAAGAUCAGGAGCUUUUGAAGUGGGCAUCACCAAGCUUUUCUUAAAAGAAGACAUAUAUUACAUGCUGGAGAGUAAGAGAGACAGAGUGAGGCAUGUGGCUGCUCUGACCCUGCAACGCUACACUCGAAUGUUCUUUGUACGGAAACGCUACGUAGCCUUUCGCAUGAAAAUCAUUCGAUUGCAGGCGCACUGCCGAGGUUACCUCAUACGGAAGCACUAUGUGAAAAUGUGUGCGAGUCUGGUCAGAUUCCGCUCAGUGGUGCACAUGUAUGUAAAUCAAAAGAGAUACAUUAAGAUGAUAUUAGAAGCCAAGAGGAAGGCAGAAGAGGAGAGAAUCCGAAUGGAAAUGGAGUUAGCAAAACGGGAAGUCGUCAAUGUCACACACUUGCCCAUUCCAGCAGAACUUGGAGCUCUACUGCAAGCAGUUGCAGGAGGUAGAGAGCUUCAUUCCGAUUGCUUAGCUCUUGUACAAGCACCAACGGUUCAGGUGGAAUCCCAGCUCACGCUUCCCCUGGACAUCAACAACUUCCACAUUUCCAAAUUCAUCCAGCUUCAUUUCAGAGAACCAAAGUUCGGAUUGUUGACUGCACCUUUGAAAACUCCCUUGACUCAUUUAGAUGAUGAUCUCACACACGAAGCUUUAGAUGUGUUUGUGAUGAUUUUGAGAUUUAUGGGUGACCCACAUUUGAACGGUGCCCAAGAGAAUUUACUUGGAAACUACAUUAUCCAGAAAGGGCUCUCCAAUCCUGGUUUACGAGAUGAAAUUCUGUGUCAAAUUGCCAAUCAAGUGUGGAGGAACAGCAACCCAGAUAAUGCAGAACGGGGCUGGCUACUGCUGCUCGGCUGCCUCAGUGCAUUUGCGCCUUCAGCCAAAAUAGAGAAAUACCUUCUGAAGUUUGUGUCAGACAAUGCCUACAAUAGCUAUAAGGCAGUUUGCCAACAUAAGCUGAUUCAGGCCAUGCAGAAAUCCCUUUAUGGACCAGAGGCAGCAAGGACUUACCCCCUGUCCCUGCUGGAGUGGACUGCCAACAGAAAGAAAGCCAACAUGGUGCUACAGGUGCACUGUUUCGAUGGAAGUUCCUUUCUGUGUCCUGUAAACUCAUGGACCACUGGAGAGGAUCUGGCUGGGGACAUCCUUCAGCACAGGAGUGUCACAGAGUCCUGGAAGGGCUGUUCUGUCAUCAUGAAAGAACAUGGCCAGUGGGCUGAGCUUGCAGGGCAUGAUUAUGUAAUGGACCUGAUUGCAGACCUGGAGCUAAUGCGAGAUUUCCCAAAGCAGAAGUCCUAUUUCAUCAUUUCGGCUGAGAGUCCCACCAGAACCAGACCCAAUGCCAGCCUUGCUUUGUUUGGAAGUGGUUUUGAUUCAGAUGAUGAGAACCCGCUCCUUAACCCACCAUUGUCCAGCACCAAUCUACCAGAUUCUGAUGGAUACUACAGUCAUGAAUCCGAUUUUAGCGAGGCUCCACCUCAGAGAGGUAUGGACCGAUAUCUGGACAGCUUAUUUGACCCAGUGCUAUCAGAUGGUAGUGGGGAUUUGGAAAGGCCAGCCAGCAUGUCCAGUCGGAUGAAGGGAGCUGGUGGGAUUGUGGGUGAGGAUGGAGGAGAGGAAGAAACCACACGGAGCAACAGGCCUUAUCCCCCAGGACUGCAGCCUGGUGCGGUUCCUGUUCUACCUGUUAUGGGGACUAUGAUGCCACCGAUACCUAUGCCAGCUAUGCACUCUGUGCCUUCAACUCUUGCCCCAACAUCUACAGACUCUGUUCCCACAGUAACCCCUGUUUCUCCAAAGCCACCAGUACCAUCGAUGCCAGCUAUGUCAUCUAUACCUUCUAUGCCAGCUUUGCCUCCUUUACCACCCUUCUCAGCUUUACCUAAUGUGCCACUGAUGGCUGAUGGGACGGCAGAUCCCAAUGUUCUUGCACAGCAGCAGCAAGCCCUCAUCAACCAGCAAGCCAUCAUACUUGCUCAGCAAAUGACAAUGCAAGCAAUGGCUCUUCAACAGCAGAUGUAUAAUUCAGUGGGCAGGCCAUACACUGGUCCAUCUUAUCAUAGUGAACAUGUAUCACUGCCCCGUUCUGGCCAAUCAAGCCCAAACAAAUCUGAAACUGGACCUUCUCCUCACACUCAUGUCACCCAUUCCCCUGCACAGAAACCCAUCCGGCAUCAUUACAGCCAGCCCAGGACAGGACCACCAGAAGCCGUGGUGAGGUCCACCAUCUCAAACUCAGAGCAUAUAGAACCAAGUCACAACAUCAAAGAUAUAAUUAAGCAGUACCAGCCUGGCGUAGUCAAACCUGUAGAUAUACCAAGAAGAGAUGCUAAGGUGUUUGUUAAGAAGCCUGACCCUCAUGCUGAAGCUAUGAUGAUCCUCAAAGACCAGAUGAAUGCACCACCUACCCAGAGGAAAAAGAUCUAUAGUCCGGACUCUUCUGCUUCAGGUGUCACAGAGACUGGUAGACUGCAACCAUCAAAGAGUAUAAAGAUGAAAAGAUCACCUCCAGUGCCUGCGAUCAGUCACAGGUCCCCAGCCCCUCCACCUGUUUCUCGAGAGCUUCCAGUGGAAGAGGAGGCCAUUCAGACCCAGCUCCACAGGAGAAGUAGUGAAGAGCACUACACCUACACAAACGUACCCUGGAAGAUCUACCUGAGAAAAGAGGUUUUCUAUCCCAAGGACAGCUUUAACCACCCACUGGUACUAGAUCUCCUGUUCAAGCAGAUCGUCCACGACACCUUCUCAGAGGCUUGUAUCCGGAUCACCAAGGAAGAGAGACAAAAAAUGAAAUCCCUCUUUGCUGAGCACAACAUCGAUGCGGGUGCCGUGACACAAGACGAGAAUGUGAAAAAAAAGGUUGUUAUUGCAGCAAGGGACACCUGGGAGAUUUACUUCUCUCGUCUUUUCCCAGCAUCUGGUAGUGUGGGCACUGGUGUCCAGGUGCUUUCUGUGUCUCACAGGGGAAUUAAACUGCUAAAGAUGGUGAGGAGCAGCGCACUGGCCCCAGAUUACUUCCGAGUUUUAAGACCAUACAGCUACACAGAUAUCAUGUUUGUGACAAUUCCCUCUAAGAACAUGCUGGAGUUUAACCUGACCAAUGAGAAACUGAUCCUCUUCUCAGCCAAAGCUCCCCAUGUGAAGACCAUGAUUGAUUACUUCAUCACAGAGUUGAAGAAGGACUCAGACUAUGUGGUUGCUGUGCGUAAUUACAUUACAGAUGACAGAACAAUGCUGAGUUUCCACAAAGGAGACAUUAUACGCUUGCAGAAAAUGGACGGGCUGGAGGAAGGCCACUGCUAUGGCUGCAUAGUGAAAAAGAAAGUGAUGCUUCUUGAGGAGAUGAAAAGAGACACGUCUGACUUUGGCUGGAAGUUUGGUGCGGUACAUGGUCGAGCAGGGCUUUUUCCUGUGGAGUUUGUCCAGCCAGUGGCUGCUCCAGACUUUAUCAACCUCCCUGUGGACAAGAAAGACGAGCCCAAGAAUAAACAGGGUCAUGUGGCAGCCUCUGCCGCCGUCGCAGUUGCCGUAGGUUCCACCGCUGCAGCCCACGAGCUUGACCGCUCCACUGAAGUGGCUUCAACAGUCAGUGAUUAUACUGAGGCCCACACAGACUACAGUAACCUGGAGAUUGAUGAGAGGAUUCUGCAGGACAGCCAAUACAAUAUGGUGGAGUUUGCCAAGAAAUAUUUCAGAGAGGCCCAUAGGAAGACCAGUGACUCACAACGGCAAAGGUCAAAGAAGGGAAAGGAAACCAAGGAAUCAUCAGAUAUGGUGAAAUUUUCUAAGACUCCUAUCCAAGGGUCCUUGAUUGAGUUUACUGAUGAAAGCAUGAACAAGGUUGCUGCAGACAUUUUCUUGGCUAUAAUGAAGUUCAUGGGGGACUUUUCAAUCAAAAGCCAAAGUGAGCAAGACCUGAUCAGCACCAUACUGAGGCUUACUGGCGAGUAUGGCUUACUGAGAGAUGAAGCUUACUGCCAGGUCCUCAAGCAGAUCACCGAAAACACCAGCUCCAAAACAGACAGUUGUCAAAGAGGCUGGAGGAUCCUAUACAUCCUUACAGCAUACUACAGAUGUUCAGAAGUACUGAAGCCCUACCUGCUGAAAUACCUUCAAGAUGCCUGUGCAGGUCCUGGGGUGCAAUACCAAGGCAUUGCCAAAGCUUGUGAACAGAACUUAAGGAAGACUUUCCAAUACGGUGGCCGCAAUAAAUACCCUAACACCAUGGAGUUAAAGGCUAUGAUGGCCAGCAGGAGCUCCAAACGCCAGUUAUUUCUUCUCCCAGGUGGAAUUGAGCGUCAUCUGAAAAUUAAAACUUGCUCAGUUGUUCUGGAUGCCAUUGAAGAGCUAUGCUAUGAGAUGGCUCUGAGCAGCAUGGAGGGGAUGGAUGAAUAUGCUGUAUUUGUUGUCACAAACAGAGGUCAGAAUGUUCAGCCACUGAGCAAAAGGGAGUACAUCUUGGAUGUCACCACAGAAGCAGAGCUUAUUGAUACCAACUACAGCCUGUGGUUUAGAAGAGUGAUUUGGAAUCAGCCAUUAAAAUUUGAUAAUGAGCUCGGAGUCACCAUGCAUUACAACCAGGUUACCCCAGAUUACUUAAAAGCUCUUCUGAACGUUGUGCCACAGGGCAGGCUUACUGAACAGCAGCUUCAGCAAGUGUCAAAACUAGCUGCACUGCAACAUCGCGCAAAGGACACGCUCUCUCUCCCGAACCUCCGUGAGGUCCAGGACUGCGUCCCUGUCCCUCUGUAUGGACUGCAGUCUUCUCAGCAGUGGCUGAACAUGGUGACCCAGAACAUGCAGCAAGUGCAGGCACUGAGCCCCCAUCAGGCCAGAGCCCAGUUCCUAGGGCUUGUAAGCGUUUUUCCCAUGUUUGGUUCCUCAUUCUUCUAUAUACAAAGCAGCAGUAACAGCUCUAUAGACUGUCCUUGCAUUCUAACUGUCAAUCAGAAUGGCCUGAACUUUCUGAACAAAGACACACAUGAGCUGAUGGUGAAGUUCCCCCUGAAAGAGGUGCAGUCCAGCCGGACACAGAGGCCUGUAGCUGGUUCCAGUUACCCUUAUGUAGAAAUAAUGUUGGGGGAUCUGACAUCUCAGCGCAUCACACAGCUGCACGUAGACCAGAGCCUGGAGCUGUGCCGUGUUAUCGCCAUGAACAUGGACAACAUGCUGUCCGUGCGAGAGAAGAGACUAACUCUGCCUCCCAGCGAGAUCACGCUUCUUUAAUAUGUCUCCCAACAGAACAGCAAACUAUUCCCAGUUUAAAAAAAAAGACAUACAGUGUUAUUCAAGCCGUUCUUCAAGACGAAACAUGUUUUUUAUUAGCAUGCUACAUCUAACUGGAACCUCAUCAUAACAGUGUUUAACCAAAUCUCUUAGAUCAAAAAUUCCACAAACCAUGAUAAAAGGAUUUUAUUUGGAAAUGAAAACCAACUAGCACCUUUUUUGUGUCUGCUUAGCAUGAUUCCCUGGUUUUAAAUAUCAUGUCUACCUCUCAACACACACUGAAGAAGUUCAUAUGAACACAAGAACUGUGAUGUAACUUGGUCUAAACAAUAGUACAAUUGAAUAUGAAUGCAAUUUUUUAAGUAUGCCAUUUUCUACUAAUGAAUUGUGUUAGAAAUUAUUUGCACUAUACUGUGUGUUUAAAAUAAAUACAUAUGUGUGCUUUAUAAUAAAAAAAAAACCUCACAUGUAUAUAAGACUAUUCUAGUAUUUAUGUUUACAAGCAGGGAUGAAAUUAAGCAGGAAACUCACAGGAGCAGAGCUCCAUGACAGACGUUUAUGUGAAUAGGAGCUGUGAAAGUGGCAACUGGAGCUGAGCUUCUGCAUAUAAUCUGAUGGAAACUACAGUAUAUAAACAGUUUUAUGGAUAUUGGUGAUCAUUUUAAAUAUCAUGUGAUACAUUUUCACAUUGCUUUACAGUUUAAAUGCUUUUUUAAAAAACAAGCAAUUAUUAACUUCUCUGUAAAUUUGAUUAUUAAACAAAUAGUAGUUCAUUUUGCUUGUUUAAUGGCUUGAUUGUUAUUUAGCAAAAUGUUUAAUUACUCCCUGAUUAUGAGCUACUUGUGGUCCUGAUCAAAAUGCUAAUUACUGUAGAUGUUAGCAUGUUUAGCUCACUCCUUCAGGGGUGGGUGUUGAAUCUUCUCUCUUCCCUGUGUUGUGGAAGGGCAGGGGUUUGGGGUUGCACGUUCUCCUCCUGCUUCAGGGGUUUCCUCUAGGUACUUCACUUUCCUCCCCAAGUCCAAAGACAUGCGAUGCUGAGUGAUUGGCAUUUCUACUGAGUGUGUGUGAUUGUGCCCUGUGAUGGUUUGCACUAUGUGGUCCAGUUUUCCUGUGACCUUGUGUAGGAUAAGUAGUAAU